AUGGCGUUUGUAAAAUGGAAUACAGAGUCUAUUUCUGAGGCCUGUGGUGAAGAUUUGGUAGUAAAAUGCACGGAUUCGCGGGCGCUCCGGGCGGGUGAAGAUGCCGCGUCCGGAGUUGUUGUUGCUGUCCCUGGAUCUGUGCAUCCUCCUGGUGGGUCUGGCGGAGGCCCCGAGCCCGGUGGAGCCGCCAGGACGGAGCCGGCCGUAUGCAGUGCUGCGCGGGCAGAACCUGGUGUUGAUGGGAACCAUAUUCAGCAUUCUGCUGGUGACUGUUAUCCUCAUGGCAUUUUGUGUCUACAAGCCCAUUCGGCGUCGGUGACAGUCAAGCAAGUUCUGCCACGAGGUUUUGGGACCAGAAUAAGUUGUAAUAUGCAUGGACCAAUGGAGAAGUUGGAAUUGGAACCUUCCUACUCAGGAAUGACUGUUGGUCUGACAGUUGGUAAAUGCAAAGUGAUUUAGAAGAAACAUCUACUAGCAAUGAUAUUUUCCUAACAUUGUAAUGCCAGUAACUGGCUGCUGAGUCUGCUUAUCAGUGUUCCUUUUUGUAUGGCCAGACUUUAAAAGUAAAGCCUGAAACUCCAAGUUUAGUGUAAAGAUGGAAUGUUCAUGGCAAACAGCAUUCUAAUCCUGCGACUGGAAGAACCACACUGGAAAGGUCUAUCAUUAAUGCUUGAAAUAGAAAGAAGGUUCAAGGCUUGCCUGAACUACAUAGUGAAAUCCUGUCUCAAAAAGAUGGGGGAAAAAAAAAAAAAAAAAAGAAAUAGGAAGA